AUGUUGUCAAGAUUUAACAAAAUUCAAAUUAAACAACUACCAUGUUUUAUUAGAUUCUAUUCAAUAGCAAGCCCCAAAACAAAAGUUGUUCAAACUACUGAUGAAGCAUUAGAAGGUGUUGGCUCAAACAUCACUUUAUUAUCAGGUGGAUUUGGAUUAAGUGGUGUACCAGAUACUAUUAUAAAUGCAAUGGUCAAUAAUCCAAAUAUAAAUAAUGUUACAGCAGUUUCAAAUAAUGCAGGAUUAGAUGGUAGAGGAUUAUCACAAUUAUUAGUCACUGGUCAAAUCACCAAAAUGAUUAGUUCAUAUAUUGGAGGUAAUCGAACGUUUGAAAAAUUAUAUUUAAAAGGUGAAAUUGAUUUAGAAUUAACUCCUCAAGGUAAUUUAGCUGAAAGAGUUAGAGCUGGUUCCGCUGGAAUACCAGCUUUCUAUUCACCAACUGGUGUAGGUACUUGGUUAGAAGAAGGUAAAUUACCAGUUAGAUACGAUUCAAGUGGUGAAAAAGUCUUAAAAUCAAGUGAACCAAGAGAAGUUAGAGAAUUUAAUGGUAAAAAAUAUUUAUUAGAACCAGCUAUAUUUGGUGAUGUUGCAGUAAUAAAAGCUUUCAAAGUUGAUACUUUAGGUAAUUGUUGGUUUAGAGGUGCUGCAAGAAAUUUUAAUUCAGUUAUGGGUAGAAAUGCAAAAUUAACUAUUGUUGAAGCUGAAAAUAUUGUUGAACCUGGAGAAAUUCAACCAGAAGAUGUUCAUUUACCUUCAAUUUAUGUUGAUAGAGUUAUUCAAUCUACUACACCAAAAGAAAUUGAAAUUUUUACAUUUUCAGAAGAAGAAUCCACACUUGAUUCAUCAUUAGAAAAUCCAAAAUCUGAUUCUGAAUUAAAAAGAGCUAAAAUUGUACGUAGAGCAGCUCAAGAAUUUAAAGAUGGAUCAUUUGCAAAUUUAGGUAUUGGUAUGCCAACAUUAGCUCCAAAUUAUUUACCAUCAAAUAUAUCAGUUACUUUACAAUCAGAAAAUGGUAUUUUGGGAUUGGGUCCAUACCCAAAAAGGGGUCAAGAAGAUGCAGACUUAAUUAAUGCUGGUAAAGAAACUGUAACUUUAGCUCCAGGUGCUUCAUUAUUUGGAUCAGAAGAAUCUUUUGGUAUGAUAAGAAGUGGUAAAAUUGAUUUAACUAUUUUGGGAGGUUUACAAGUUGCAGCAAAUGGUGAUUUAGCCAAUUGGGGAUUACCUGGUAGAGUUAAAGGUAUGGGAGGAGCAAUGGAUCUUGUAUCAAAUCCACAGAAUACAAGAGUUGUUGUAGUUAUGGAACAUGUUGAUAAAAAGGGUAGACCAAAAAUUUUAGAUAGUUGCGUCUUCCCAUUAACUGGUCAAAAAUGUGUUUCAAGAAUUAUAACUGAUUUAGCUGUUUUUGAUAUUAUUGAUGAAAAAUUAAUAUUAAUUGAAAUUGAUCCAAGUAGUAGUAUAGAAGAAGUUAGAGCUAAAACUGCUGCUAAGUUUGAAAUUUCACCAAAUUUAAAACAAAUAGAAAUAUAG